CUGUCUCUUCAAAGUCAGGGACGACGUCGUAGUUCCAUUGGCACCUCAACAAGAUCUCUUUCCCUAUUCCACCCACCCUCCUCUACCUUCGUACAGUACCAUAGCAUUGGGCGAAGCGAUCCUUCGAAAUGUCUCUUAUCUCCGAGGCAAUCUGGGCUGCAUCGCCCACGACGCAACGCGGGCAACCCACACCUCUCUCCUCGGACCCCAAGGGCGAGCGCAUAGCCUAUGCAGCCGGCAAGUCGAUAUUCCUGCGGUCUAUAGACAACCCCGCUAUCAGUAAACAAUACACACAACACACGACCCAGACCACCGUCGCCCGCUUCGCGCCCUCGGGCUUCUACGUCGCCAGUGGAGAUGUCUCAGGCACAGUGCGGGUGUGGGAUUGCGCGGGCGAGGGCGCUACAAAGGGAGAAUACCACAUCAUCGCCGGCCGCAUAAACGAUCUCGCGUGGGAUGGGGACUCGCAGCGCAUCAUUGCUGUCGGUGACGGAAAGGAGCGUUUCGGCCAUUGCAUCACUGCCGACAGCGGCAACAGCGUUGGCGAAAUCUCAGGGCACUCGUCGCAGAUCAACAGCGUCUCCAUACGCCAACAGCGCCCCCUGCGUGCGGCAACGGGUUCUGACGACACAAGCCUCGUCUUCUACCACGGCGCACCAUUCAAGUUCAAUACUAGCCUCAGAGGGCAACACAACCGCUUCGUUUUCGGCACAGCCUUUGCCCCGGACGGCUCCGUAUUCGCCAGCGUUGGCGCGGACAAGCGGAUAUGGUUAUAUGAUGGGAGGACAGGAGAAGCAAAGGGACAAAUUGGGGAGGGCGUGCAUACAGGGAGCAUCUUUGGCAUCUCCUGGGCAAAGGAUUCGAAGAAAUUCGUGACAGCCAGCGCCGACCAAACCGUCCGAGUAUGGGACCCAGAAGCGGGCAAGGCCGUCCAGACCUGGAGAAUGGGAGAGGAGGGCGUCCCCAGUGUUCCAGACCAGCAGGUUGGCGUUGUUUGGCCCACCGGCCGUAGCGACGGCCUCAUUAUUAGCGUUGACCUCGAGGGGAAUCUAAACUACCUUAGAGAUGGCAACCCAAACCCCAGUCGCGUCGUCCGCGGUCACCAAAAGAACAUCACCGCUGCCGCCAUCUCUGGAUCAACAUUCUGCACUGGCAGCUACGACGGCCGCGUCCUUGCUUGGGAUAUCUCUGCAGGGAUCGCCGAGAAGGUUGAGGGCGACUCCCACUCAAACUACGUGGCAGGCUUUGCUGCCUUAGAUUCUAAGGGUGAAGCUGAAGUUUACAGCGUCGGCUGGGAUGACACUCUGCGAUCGAUUUCCGUUUCGAACAAGAUCUUCACAGGGGCCGCGACUCAACUCAGCUUUCAGCCAAAGGGCGUCGCGACGUCGUCAGGUGUAGCCCUGGUCCCGUCGUCCGAUUCGAUAUCAAUCUACUCUAAGGGGGACAAGGCUGGCUCGCUCUCUGUCAAAUAUACCCCUACGUGCAUAGCUGCACAUGGACCAAAUGUCGCCGUGGGCGGAGAUGACAAGCUGGUGCAUAUCUACACACUCUCGGGGGCGGAGUUGAAAGAGACAGGGAUAGAACUUCGUCGCGCGACAGCCCCUAUCUCUGCGCUUGCUUUUUCGGGUUCUGGAGACAAGCUCGCUGCGGGUGCGAAUAACGGGAAGAUAUACGCAUUCGAAGCCACCGGGGACUGGACGCUCAUCACCGACAGGUGGAGCGCCCACACGGCCCGCAUCACGUGCCUGGCGUGGGAUGAGAGCGAAAAGUUCGCGGCAAGUGGUUCGCUCGACACCAACGUUAUGGUGUGGAGCGUGGAGGACCCGGGGAAACGGACCAAGGCGAUGAACGCGCACAAAGACGGCGUCUCAGGUGUCGCGUGGGAGAAGGCUGGUAAGGUACUCUCCGCGGGCGGGGACUCGAGCGUGAAGGUCUGGAAGAUGGGAGGCUGAACGGGUGAAAUCGGAUAGGCUGAGGCUGCUCAUACGUGCCCUCGCAGUCAUCAGUCUCGUGGCCAUGGACUACAUAUAGUUUCAGCGCGAG